AUGGCCUUCUUCCGGCAGCUGCGACUCCUUCUCUGGAAGAAUGGACUGGCGGUCGUCAGGCAGCCGCUGUGGUCCCUGACUCUGAUCAUCUGGCCUCUGAUCAUCUUCAUCCUCAUCGCCGUGACCCGCAACCGCUUCCCUCCCGUGAUAAGAGACACAUGCUACGUGGGACCUCGGAACCUGCCCAGCACCGGCGUCUUCCCCUUCCUGCAGACCCUCAUGUGCAACACAGACAGCAACUGCCACAAUAAGUCGCUCCUGCCAGACCCAACGACAACAAAGUCAGCGAUCAACAGAAGGUCUGCCUUCUUGCGGAACGGUUCUCCGCUGGUAAACCUGCGUGGAGGGGGAGAUUUGUUCAACUUUACGUUCUCCAAUGACUCCGUAGCGCUGAUGGAGAAGUGGAAAAACGUGUGGGGUUCGUUUCACCAAAGAAGAUCCAAUAACGUCACUCUCAUGAGGGUCAUCAAUGCCACUGGCUGGGGAGACAAGGAGUCCUUGCAGGAAAUGCUGGCAUCAGACAACCUGUUGAAGCGGGCCGUCUGCACCAUGACUCUGCGCCUGACAAACAUGACCUCGCCCGGUGCCCUCAAGUCCGCCGUGGUCUCCUUCUGCAAGAGCAACAACACCGUGUUCGAAGUCUUGCUCGGACUUUUGGACCAGAAACUGAUGGAGCUGAUGAUGACGGACACGGAUGAGAUGAUGAAGCUGGCUGGGAACUUGAUGUUGAUGGUCAACCAGCUGCAGAACAAGACCUCGCUGUGGGAGCGCCUCCUGAGCAUUCCCGACCUCUUCAAUGCUGGUCCUCUUGACGAAAAGCUGGACGUCACAGAAGCCCUGCUCACAGAACUGCAAGGUGCCAUGCGUGUCAUCCAGAGCAAUUUUCCUGAAACCGGCGACUCUUUCACUGCGGUGAAGCCGAUGCUGACCGCAGUAAUCAGCCUGAGCGAAUAUGCUCAGAAGUGGCCCGGGAAAGGUGUUUACAUUUCCCUCGGAGACAUAUUGAAGAACGACUCCCUCAGUGAAAUCGUGAAAGCUGCUCUGAAAGAUGUUCAGAUACCGCUGGACAAGGCUGUUGGCCUGACGAUGGACAAAGACAUGGUGCGUUCGUACUUGUGCAGCAACACCAGUGGCUCCAUGUGGCUGACAGCCGCGUGCAGUUCAGGCACCGUGAAUAUGUUUUUGAAUUGGAUCUGCCCCGACAAGGUUGCAAAGCAGGCUCUGCUGGCGUGGAGCAGGCAUGUCGCUCCUCAUGAUGUGGCGUUUGUCAAGGGCUUGUUGCACAGUGUGAUGGGAGGCUCGCCUUCCGGAGGCUCAAACGUCACGAGGAGCCGGCGCAGCACGGAUGAACAACCACAAAACAUCGAGGAAGAGCUGUUCUUAGGCGUUGGCCAGGUGGUGAUGGACUUGAUAACCAUCGUGCCUCAGGCGGAUAUGGUCGUCCAGAGAAUCCUCAGAGGUGGCCUUCAGUCCAUGGAGUCGGGUACAGUGGCCUUUGACACUGUGGAAGACAUGGUGAGCAACGUCCUAGCAGAUGCCAAUCAACUCCAGGCGGCUUUUCGCAGGUUGUUGUCGAACCAGUCUGAGGCGAGCGCUUGGGCCACACGUGUCAUGGACAGCGCGAUGGAAGUGAUUAUGAAGGGACCAGAAGCUUUGACAUGUGAAGAAGUUCUGGAUCCCUUCGAGUGGCUCCUAUCCACCAAGAGCGUAAAGAUCGAGGUGUUCAGAUCAAUGCUUUGCCCUAAAGUCAACUCCUCUCUAGAGCAAGACGUACUGAUGGACUGGAUGCCUUUGGUUCAAAAGGUAAGAAAAGUGUACAGCGCCUUCACAUCCGAGGGGGACUACAACGCAACGCUUCCCAUGAUUCUGUCCGAGUGGCGCAAGUUGAGAAAUAACAGCCUGCAGUUCGGAGGGAUCUGGCAAAGACUUAGCACUGGGCUGGGUGGAACGUACUGGAUGAACUGGAUGCCUGACAACAAUACCCAUGAUGUUGCUGAAACUCUGCAACAAAGUGUUUUCCGGGUCAUGGUGGAUUUGGGGGAAAAGAUUGAGAAGACUCAGAUGUGGCCUCGAGUGAAGAACUAUUUCCACAUGGUUUACUGGAUAUUGAACUACAGGCCUGGUGUGACAACUCAGCCAGCAAACUGUUCUAUCGACACGUCCACCAUGGCUAUUCUUUGUGACACUGGUUUGAAGUGGCCACAAUGUUUCUACCUCGUCCUUUAG